CUGGCAUUGACUUCAUUGACUUGUUACAUCAUUACAGCGGUCACGUUGCAUCAGAGCUUUGCUGCCACUGAUGCCCCGCCCACGGCUGCUGCCCCUCAAACCACGUCUCCGCCUCCUGCACCCCCGGCCCUGCCCGAGAGGGGCAACUACACUGUAACCAACGGCAAUGGGACCGCCUGUCUGAUGGCCCUCAUGGGACUGCAGCUCAACGUCAGCUUCAGCUCUGCCGCUUUCAAUAAGGUACGCACACACAGACUUGCACAUUCUUGAAGCCCAGCACCUCUCACACACAGUCUUGUUUUACUAACCUUGUGGGGACACAUCAUUGAUUCCCAUUCAAAAUACUAUUUUCCUUGACCCCAAAACCCAACCCUAACACUAAUUCUAACCCUAUACCCCCUAGGAAUAGCCUUUAUCCUUGUGGGGACUGGCAAAAUGUCCCCAGUUGGUCAAAUGUUUGUUUGUUCACUAUUCUUGUGGGACUUCUGGUCCCCUCAAGUAUAGUUAAACAUGUCCACACACACACACACACACUCACAGCCCUGUGUCUUGUUGUCCUGUGUGUGCAGACUGUGCUGGACGUGGUGAACCUGCAGCCCAACAUGACUAAGAGCUCAGGGUCAUGUGACUCGGACAGCGCCACCCUGCUGCUGAAGGCUGACGAGGAGAGAACCAACCUCACCCUCAUCUUCUCCCUGGUCAGAACUCUCUUUUUACCUUUUCUUUGUUUCUCUUUACUUUUCUCUUUCUUUGGCUGUGUCUGCCACUUCACUUAGUUUUCUCUCUGUCGCUCUCUCUCUGUCGUCGCUCUCGCUCUGUCGUCGCUCUCUCUCGCUCUGUCGUCGCUCUCUCUCGCUCUGUCGUCGCUCUCUCUGUCGUCACGCUCUCGCUCUGUCGUCGCUCUCCUUCCCUCUCUCUCCUCUCUCUCUUCGUCGCUCUCUCUGCGUCGCUCUCCCUCUGUCGUCGCCUCUCUCUCUGCUCGCUCUCUCUCUCUGCGUCCUAUCUCCUCUCCUCUGUCGUCGCUCUCUUCUGCCCGUCUCUCUCUCUCUGUGUCGCUCUCUCUCUUGUCGUCGCGCUCUCUCUUCCUCCGCUCUUCUCGUCCCGCUCUCUCUCUGUUCGUCGCUCUCUCUCUCUCUCUCGUCGACCUCUCCCUUCCUCUCUCUGUCGUCCGUCUCUCUGUCUCCUCUCUCGUUCGUCUCUGUCGUCUCGUCUCUCUCUGUCGUCGCUCUCUUCGGGUCGCUCGUCGCUCCUCUCUCUCGCUCUCUGUCGUCGCUCUCUCUUGUCGUCGCUCUCUCUUCGUCGUGCGCCUCUCUCUCUGUGGCCUCUCUGCGUCACUCUCCUCUCUGCUCGUCGCUCCUCUCUCUCUGUCUCCUCUCUGUCGUCGCUCUCCUCUUCUGUCCUCGCUCUCUGUCGUCGCUCUCUCUUCUCUGUCGCUCUCCUCUCUCCUUCUCUCUCUCUCUCUCUCUGUCGUCGUCUCUCUCUUCUCUCUUCUGUCGUCGCGCUCUCUCUCUCUUGCUCGCCUCUCUGUCUCGUCUCUGUCUCGCUCUCUCUCUGUCUGCUCUCUUCUCUCUCGUCGCCUCUCUCUCUUGUCUGUCGCUCUCGUCCUCUGGUCGUCCUUUCUCCCUUCCUGUCGUCGCUCUCUCUCUCUCUGUCGUCGCUCUCUCUCUUCUCGCGCUCUCCGCUCUCUCGCUCUCUCUCUCUGUCUCGCGCUCUCCUCUCUCUUCCUUGUCGUGCUUCUCGCUCUUCUCUCUGCUCUCUCGUCGUCGCUCCUCUCUCUCUCUGUCGUCGCGCUCUCUCUCUCUGUCGUCGCGCUCUCUCUCUGUCGUCCUCUCCUCUCUCUGCUCGCUCUCUCUCCUCUCGUUCUUCGUCCUCUUCUCUCUCUGUCGUGCUCUCCUCUCUGUCGUCGCGCUCUCUCUCUUCUUCUCUCUCGUCGUCCCUCUCUCCUCUCUCUGUCGUCCUGCUCUCUCUCUCCUCUCGUCGUUCUCGCUCUCCGUCCUUCUCUCUCUCGUGUCGUCGCUCUCUCUCUCGUCUCUGCUCCUCUUCGCUCUCUGUCGUCGUCCUCUCUCUCUCUGUCCUCGCUCUCUGUCGUCGCUCCUCUCUCUGUGUCGCCUCUCUCUCUCCUCCUCUCGUCGCUCUCUCUCCUGUCGUCGCGCUCUCUCUCUCUCGUCGCCUCUCUCUCGUCCUCUCUCUCUGUCGCUCUCCUCUGUCUGCUCUCUCCUCUGUCUCUCUCUCUCGUCUCGUCGCUCUCUCUCUCUCCUCUUCGUCUCCUGUCUCGUCCGCUCCUCUCUCUGUGUCGCUCUGCUCUGUCUCCGCUCUCUCUCUCGUCUUCCGUCGUCUCUCUCUUGUCGUGCUCUCUCGUCUCUCUCUGUCGUCGCGUCUCUCUCUCUGUCGUCUGCCUCCUCCUCUCGUCGUCUGCGUCGCUCUCUCUCUCUCUCUGUCGUCGCUCUCUCUCUCUGUCGUCGCUCUCUCUCUCUGUCGUCGCUCUCUCUCUCUGUCGUCGCUCUCUCUCUGUCGUCUCUCUCUGUUGUCCAUCUUUUUCUUUAUUUAUUCUUGCAUCCAUUAAUACAUUAGUACAUGCAGUAAGAUUUUCUGUAUCAGUAGUAAAGGCUUUUGGCACUAACACCUGACUGCCACAAGAUGGAGCCUCAUGAACAAGCAGAGGACAGGCACUCGUGAACUAUUGUUCCAGUCGUGAGUGUGGUGUACACACUGUGUGGCGUCACUGGUUCUCUUGUGUCUGCAGAAUGCCACGUCCAGUAAGUACCACCUCAGUGGAGUGACCCUGUCGGCAGCCUGGCCGCACAUGAGUGGUGAGUCUGGAUCCAUGUAUUAUUAAUCUACUAGCCAUCCUCUUACAACCCCAAUCUGCCAUGUAAGCAGUUUCUCCAGUGUUGAAAACCUUCUAUAAUCCUCCUCUCCCACACUCUUCCAUCCCCCACAUUACUGUAACGUCUUCUCCUUUUUUUAUUAUCCCCCUUUCUUUAUCCCGUUUCACAUCCCAACCUUUACCUCCCCCGAGCUGACAAGGUAAAAAUCUGUUGUUCUGCCCCUGAGCAAGGCAGUUAACCCACUGUUCCCCAGGAGCCAAUGACGUGGAUGUCGAUUUAAGGCAGCCCCCCUUCAACUCUGAUUCAGAGGGGUUGGGUUAAAUGCUGAAGACACAUUUCAGUUGAAUGUAUUCAGUUGGUACAACUGACUAGGUAUCCCCCUUUCCUUUCCCUCGUUUAUCAUCCUUCGUACCCCACCCUUAACCUCUCUCCCUGUGGUCCCUCCAGAGCCCUUCUCAGCCAGUAACAGUAGUCUGGACUACCUGCGUGGUACCCUGGGGCGGAGCUACAUGUGUCGUGAGGAGCAGACUCUGGCUGUGACUGUGAACUUCUCUCUCAACACCUUCCAGCUGCAGGUGCAGCCCUUUGGCCUCACCGGGUACCAGUUUGGAGCAGGUACUGUACUGGGGGUUACCGCUUCACGUGGGACUGUUUCAGUAGGGGACAUGGGGGUUACCAUUCCAUGUGGUACUAUUUCAAUAGGGGACUGUGGGUUACCAUUCAAUGUGUUAAUGUUUCAGGAGGGGAUUGUUAUCCACAUUGCUGAGAUUGGAAUAAUAGAUUAUAGAGCUUUUCUUUCUUCUUAUCUUUCAAUUUCUUAUUUUUCUCCACUUUCCCUCGCCUGCUCUUAUGUCUCUCUCUCUAAUUCCCCUUCUUUCUCACUGCCUCUGUUUGUCUCCCUCUCCAGCGGAGGAGUGUCAGCUGGAUGAGGAUGACAUGUUGAUCCCCAUCAUCGUGGGCGCUGCGCUGGCCGGACUGGUCCUCGUCGUCCUCGUGGCCUACCUCAUCGGCAGGAAGAGGAGCCACGCCGGAUACCAGACCAUCUAA